AUGGCCGAUUACGACGAGACAUACGAGGAGGACUUCUAUGAUGAUGCCGACGAGGGCAUCACCUCCGAGGAUUGCUGGACGGUGAUUUCGUCUUUCUUCGAUGAGAAGGGUCUGGUAUCUCAGCAACUCGACUCUUUCGAUGAAUUCGUCUCUUCGACCAUGCAGGAGCUGGUGGAAGAGCAGGGCCAGGUGGUGCUCGAUCAGACCCUCCCACCAGAUGAAGAUGAAGUGAACCCAGUGGUGGUGCGCCGUUACGAGCUCAAAUUCGGAACCGUCAUGCUUUCACGUCCAUCAGUCACAGAAGGAGAUGGUGCGACAACGAUCAUGUUGCCGCAAGAAGCCCGACUCCGCAACCUCACGUAUGCUUCUCCGCUGUAUCUCAGCGUCUCAAAGAAAAUUAUGGAAGGUCGCGAGAAGACUGCCAAGGAUGAGGACGAUGAUGAAGAUGGCGACCAGAAGACACAGGCGCAAGGUGGUCUUGAGUGGAGGGAAAAACCACUAAGCCACGACCAGAUGAAGGAGGAAACAGUUUUCAUUGGAAAGAUGCCCAUCAUGCUGAAGUCCAAGUACUGUAUCCUGAAGGACCUGAACGAAGAUUCACUCUACUCAUGGAACGAGUGUCCCUUCGACUCUGGUGGUUACUUCGUCAUCAACGGCAGUGAAAAGGUUCUGAUCGCACAGGAGCGCAGUGCUGGAAACAUCGUGCAGGUUUUCAAGAAGGCACCCCCAAGUCCCACACCAUACAUUGCCGAAAUUCGAAGUGCAGUCGAAAAGGGUUCGCGCAUGCUUUCGUCGCUUACUUUGAAGCUGUUCGCGAAGGGUGACAGCGCGAAGGGAGGAUUUGGCCCGACCAUUCGAUCGACGCUCCCAUAUGUCAAAGCCGAUAUUCCAAUCGUCGUCGUUUUCCGUGCGCUGGGCGUCGUUUCUGACGAGGACAUUCUCAAUCACAUUUGCUAUGACAGGAACGAUACACCGAUGCUGGAGAUGCUGAAGCCUUGUAUCGAGGAGGGCUUUGUCAUCCAAGACCGCGAGGUCGCUCUGGACUUCAUUGCCAAGCGUGGUUCUUCACAGUCCAACCUCAACCAUGAUCGCCGUGUGCGAUAUGCUCGGGAUAUCAUGCAGAAGGAAUUGCUGCCUCACAUUUCGCAGAGCGAGGGUAGCGAAACCCGCAAAGCGUUCUUCCUUGGAUACAUGGUCCACCGUCUUCUUCAGUGUGCUUUGGGUCGCCGUGAUGUCGACGACCGUGAUCAUUUCGGAAAGAAGCGACUUGAUCUGGCUGGUCCCCUUUUGGCAAGUCUGUUCCGUGUCCUUUUCACCCGAGUUACCAAGGACCUUCAGCGUUACGUGCAGCGCUGUGUUGACAGCAGUCGCGAGAUUUACCUCAACGUUGGUCUCAAGGCUGCCACGCUCACCGGUGGUUUGAAAUACGCUCUCGCCACUGGUAACUGGGGUGAGCAGAAGAAGGCAGCCAGCGCGAAGGCUGGUGUGUCUCAGGUGCUGAGUCGUUACACUUUCGCCUCAUCGCUAUCCCAUCUUCGUCGCACAAACACACCAAUUGGUAGAGAUGGAAAGAUUGCGAAGCCGCGUCAGCUUCACAACACCCACUGGGGUCUGGUCUGCCCGGCCGAGACGCCAGAAGGACAGGCUUGUGGUCUCGUCAAAAACUUGGCUCUCAUGUGCUAUAUUACCGUUGGAACGCCAGCAGAGCCCAUCGUUGAUUUCAUGAUUCAACGAAACAUGGAAGUAUUGGAGGAGUUUGAGCCCCAAGUCACGCCCAACGCAACAAAGGUGUUUGUCAACGGUGUCUGGGUUGGUAUCCACCGUGAUCCCUCGCAUCUGGUCAACACAAUGCAAAAUCUGCGUCGCCGAAACAUGAUUUCCCACGAGGUCAGUCUCAUUCGUGAUAUCCGUGAACGUGAGUUCAAAAUCUUCACCGAUACUGGUCGUGUCUGCCGACCGCUCUACGUCAUCGACAAUGAUCCCAAGAGUGAGAACUCCGGUGGAUUGAUCCUCAACAAGGAGCACAUCCGCAAACUUGAACAGGACAAGGAACUGCCUGAAGACAUCACACCGGAAGAGCGCGAGGCACAGCGGUUCGGCUGGGAGGGUUUGAUCUCAGCUGGUGCCGUCGAGUAUGUCGAUGCCGAAGAAGAAGAGACAAUCAUGAUUGUCAUGACUCCGGAAGAUUUGGAGAUUUCCAGACAACUUCAAGCUGGUUAUGCUUUGCCAGAAGCAGAGAACGACCCCAACAAGCGUGUUCGCUCAAUCCUCAGUCAGCGCGCGCACACCUGGACACAUUGCGAGAUUCAUCCCAGUAUGAUCUUGGGUGUUUGUGCCAGUAUCAUUCCCUUCCCUGAUCACAACCAGUCUCCUCGUAACACCUACCAGUCUGCUAUGGGUAAGCAGGCCAUGGGUGUUUUCUUGACGAACUAUGCGCAGCGCAUGGAAACCAUGGCCAAUAUUCUAUACUACCCCCAAAAGCCUUUGGCCACCACCCGGUCAAUGGAAUUCUUGCGUUUCCGAGAAUUGCCCGCAGGACAGAACGCCAUUGUCGCUAUUGCCACUUACUCUGGUUACAACCAAGAAGAUUCCGUCAUUAUGAACCAGAGCAGUAUCGACCGUGGUCUUUUCCGCAGUCUUUUCUACCGCACUUACACGGACACCGAGAAGAUGGUUGGACUUCAAGUCGUCGAGCGCUUUGAGAAGCCUAUGCGAGCCGACACUCUGGGUAUGCGUAAGGGUACCUACGAUAAGCUGGACGAAGAUGGUAUCGUUGCUCCGGGUGUGCGUGUCUCCGGAGAAGAUAUUAUUAUUGGAAAGACUGCUCCCUUGGCUGCUGAUGCGGAGGAACUCGGUCAACGCACGAAGGCACACACCAAGAUUGAUGUGUCCACGCCCCUGCGAAGUACCGAGAACGGAAUUGUCGACCAGGUACUGAUUUCCACUGGUAACGACGACCUCAAGUUCGUGAAGGUCCGUAUGCGUACCACCAAAAUUCCACAGAUUGGAGACAAGUUCGCGUCUCGUCACGGUCAGAAGGGUACCAUUGGUAUCACCUACCGCCAAGAAGAUAUGCCUUUCACCCGCGAAGGUGUUGUGCCUGAUCUUAUCAUCAAUCCCCACGCCAUUCCGUCUCGUAUGACCAUUGCCCAUUUGAUCGAAUGUCAGUUGAGUAAGGUCUCUGCUCUCCGUGGCUACGAGGGUGACGCGACUCCUUUCACCGAUGUCACCGUCGACUCAGUCUCUCGUCUCCUUCGUGAGCACGGCUACCAAUCUCGUGGUUUCGAAGUCAUGUUCAACGGUCACACCGGUCGUAAGAUGGUUGCCCAGGUCUUCCUUGGACCAACCUACUACCAACGUCUUCGCCACAUGGUCGACGACAAGAUUCACGCUCGUGCCCGUGGUCCUACCCAGAUUUUGACUCGCCAGCCCGUCGAGGGUCGUGCCCGUGACGGUGGUCUCCGUUUCGGAGAGAUGGAGCGCGAUUGUAUGAUCGCCCACGGUGCUAGUGCAUUCUUGAAGGAACGUCUCUUCGAUGUUUCUGAUCCCUUCCGUGUGCACAUUUGCGAUGACUGCGGUCUCAUGACCCCUGUUGCCAAACUGAAGAAGGGUCUCUUUGAGUGCCGUCUUUGCAACAACAAGCAUCGCAUCUCGCAAGUCCAUAUCCCCUACGCCGCGAAGCUGCUAUUCCAAGAGCUGGCCUCUAUGAACAUUGCUGCCCGCAUGUUCACUGACCGCUCUGGAGUAUCUGUGCGUUGA